AGUACCAGGUUUCUCACUUCACCAUCACACACAAACACACCCUCUCUAUUAUCCAAACACAAAUGUUCAUAUAAUGGGAAUUGGGGCAACCUUGGACGGAGAAUUCCACCUGCUUCUGGUCACUGGCCGGAGCUCCGAUAAAGUUGACGAAUUCGGUGACAAGCCUGUGACUUUUGCCGACCCGGUUUUUGGGUUUUGGGAGGAUGUUCAGGUUCCAAUAGAAAAUUCAGAUCAGUUUAAUAACUUUCUAGAAGAUUACGAUGAUGAAGAAGAGGAGGAAAAAGAGGAAUACCAGAAUUUUUGUUCUGUAGAAAUGAAUAAGGCUUAUUGGGAAGAACAAGACAAGCUUCUUCAGGCAACUAUACGUAGGACAAGCUCAAUUGAGACAAGAGUAAGACAAGCUACGAAGGAGGCUCUAAGAGAGUUGAAUGUGUCGGAUAUACAGUGCCGUUGCCGGCGGCUAGCUGAACCGGUGAAGAGCUGCCGGAAUUGCUUGCGGAGAGAAAUAUGCAACCGCCUGGUGAACCUUGGCUACAAUUGUGCCAUUUGCAAAUCCAAAUGGACUAGUUCAUCAGAAAUCCCAUCCGGUGAGCAUACUUAUCUAGAAGUAACGGAUAAAUCAAACUCUAAAGGAGCAGAAAUAAAAGUGGUAAUUGAAUUGAAUUUUCGAGUGGAAUUUGAAAUGGCAAGAGCUAAUGAAGAAUACAACAGAUUAAUUAGCCGAUUACCAGAAGUAUUCAUCGGAAAAUCUGAGAGAUUAGGGGUGUUAAUUAAGAUUAUGUGCUCUGCUGCUAAGAAAUGCAUGAAGGAGAAGAAAAUGCAUCUAGGGCCUUGGAGGAAACACAAAUACAUGCAAGCUAAGUGGCUUGGCAAUAAGAGCAACAAUAUUAUUAAUAGUUCCAUAACACCAACACUACGGCAUCAAAAACCUAAGGCUUCAAUGCUUACCUUUGAUUUACUAGAAAAUAUUCCUAGCAUGCACUAUGCUGCUGUUGAGGUAGGAUCGGAUACCUGCGGAUUAAGAGCGGGUAGGAUUAGGGUUGACUCCAAACCAUAUCCAUUGCCACCCCUAGUUCUAAAUUUAGCAAAUGCCUGA